AUGGAGUCACUGGAUAGUCCGUCAAUGGAGAGCUCUCUCACAAGUCCCAUCAUUACAAUUGUUGUGGGCCAUGAGCGACGUCUUUUUGCUGCUCAUGAGGAGGUUCUUUCCCGGUCUAACUAUUUUCAAGCUGCGUUGAAAGACCAGUUCCUGGAACCCAGCGCAAAGCAGGUGGACCUUCCUGACGAUUUACACCUAACAGAUAAUGCAUCAAGGGAACCGGAGAUAUUAUCCUGCAUUCUUGAGUUUCUAUACAAAGGUGAUUAUUAUCCGCGUCUGCUUCACGACAAACGUCGUAACACUUGGAAGCUUGAAGAUGCUCAAGACGUAUAUCAUACUGGUGGUAGAGGCUCUAGCGCGGCUACGCUAUUUCAUUCGAGCGUAGGCGCCGAGCUCCUUCGGGAUACUGUCAUCUACUGCGCUGCUGAGAAGUACGGUCUAGACGAGCUCAAGCAUCUUGCUCUUCGAAAGCAGGGCCUUCAAAGCGGAAUUCCUGUGGAUAUUAUUCUGAGAUCUGCGCGAUUUGCAUACGAAAAUACGCCAGACACCGAAUCGCGACUCCGUGCUCAUUAUCUUGCUCUGAUCAUCAGAAGUCGCAAGAUUUUUAAGAGAAGUGGAACCAUGCAGUUAGAGAUGGAAAUUGGAGGCAAAUUGUUUUUCGAUUUGUUCGUGGCGAUGAGCAAUCACAUCGAUGAUAUCGUAGAGAUUGGGUGA